AAGUUUUCUUAAGGUCACGAAUAUGAAAGUAUGGUGGAGUUAAGUCAGUAUCGUAUAGUCGUAGAGUAGUGCACACGCGUGUGAGUGAGCACAAUAUAAAUAUCAGCUGACGACGCGACGUGUAGUGACAUUAUUCGCAAUUAUAAAACUCCGAAAAAGAAAAUGAAUAAAAUCAAUGAAGAUUUACAAAAGGAACGUGAUAAGUGUUCUUUUAAUAUUAAAGAAUUAACGACUUUGAUUGAUGGAGGACUAGAAAAAACGAGGGAAAGAAAAGAUAGAGAAAAUGUAAUGCUUAGUAAAAGAGAGGUUUUCGAUGGAGUACCAGAAGAGUAUCUCAGUCACAAGGAGAGAUAUGAAAAUGCGAUAAGGAAUUCCGUAGUUGCAUUUAGUUUGGUGCGAAAAAUGCAGGAAGAAGGCAAGACAAAUAUUAACAAUUACAGGGACGUGGUCGGAGGUCUUCUCGGAUCGUCAGUGUUAAGAGAUGGUUCUCCGCUAGGACUACAUUACAUCAUGUUUAUGCCCGCCAUUUUGAAUCAGGCCAAUGAGGAGCAACAAGAAAAAUGGCUGCCGCGUGCUUGGAAUUGCAGCAUCAUCGGUAGUUAUGCUCAAACGGAGUUAGGUCACGGCACGUUCAUCCGCGGCCUGGAGACGACGGCGACGUACGACGCAGCUGCCAAACAGUUCGUGCUGCACAGCCCCACACUCACCGCAUACAAGUGGUGGCCCGGCGGACUUGGUCAAACAGCAAAUUAUUGUAUCGUAGUAGCACAGUUGUACACAAAAGGUCAAUGCCAUGGCAUCCAUUCGUUUAUCAUACAAGUUCGAGAUGAAGAAACCCAUAUGCCUUUGCCUGGAAUAAAGAUCGGUGAGAUUGGCGCGAAAUUAGGCUUGAAUGCAGUUAACAAUGGAUUCUUAGGUUUCGACAAUUAUAGAAUACCAAGGACUAAUAUGUUGAUGAAACAUGCACAAGUUUUAGAAGAUGGUACUUACGUAAAAUCUCGGCACAGCAAGUUGAAUUACGGUGCCAUGGUAUUUGUGAGGGUGGUCAUAGUGUUUGAUAUGGUCAACUAUUUAUCCAAAGCAGUUACGAUCGCAACCAGAUUCUCAGCAGUGCGAAGACAAUGUCAAUUAAAAGCCGGGGAAACCGAGUGUCAGAUCCUGGAUUACGUGACGCAGCAGCACAAGCUGUUCGUGAGCAUAGCGGCCGCUCACGCGUUUCGUAUCACAGCCAACAAGCUCUGGCUAACAUUCAACGAAGUCAAUGAACAGCUCGUUGAGGGUAACUUGCAGCGUUUGCCUGAAUUACACGCACUAGCGUGCUGUUUGAAAGCAGUGACGACAGCUGACACGGCGGCUUGCGUGGAGCGCUGUCGGCUGGCUUGUGGUGGCCACGGCUACAUGAUGUCUUCCAGCUUGCCGCUCACAUACGGCCUUGUGACUGCUGCUUGUACCUACGAGGGAGAGAACACUGUUCUUCUUCUGCAGACUGCUAGAUUUUUAGUGAAGACUUAUCAACAAUUAGACUCGAAGGCCCUAACGCCGACGGUGGCGUAUCUGAAAUCGGCAGCAGCGGAAAGAUUUUGCGAUGGUUGGUCAAACACGACGGAAGGAAUCAUUCGCGGCUUUCAAGUAGUCGCCAUGAGGAAGAUAGCACACUGUGUUACAGUUAUGACAAACAGGGUUAGCAGAGGAAUGUCAUUUGAAGAUGCUUGGAACAUGACAUCAGUGCAGUUGGUUGCCGCGGCUGAAGCACAUUGUAGAGUAAUUAUAAUGUCUGCAUUUAACGAAGAGGUGCAGGAAAUGUCUAGAACAGUGUCGCCACAGUUGAAGGAAGUUCUUCACCAGCUCGUAGAUUUAUAUUGCACUUAUUGGGCAUUGGAAAAACUAAGCGAUUUACUCUUGUACACUCCAAUUUCUCAAAAUGAAGUUGAAUCAUUACGUUUGCGUUACGAAGAGACGUUGACAAAUUUAAGACCGAACGCAGUCGGUUUGGUAGAUGCCUUUGAUUUACGAGAUGAAAUGUUGCAAUCAACAUUAGGGUCUUACGAUGGAAGAGUUUACGAGCGUUUGAUGGAGGAAGCUAUGAAGAGUCCGCUCAAUGCUGAACCAGUCAAUCACACCUUCCACAAAUAUCUCAAGCCAUUCAUGCAAGGCAAAUUGUGA